AUGGAUCAUACUGAUUUGAUGUACGAUGAUUUGUUUGAAACCGGGAGAAUUGGAAGUGGCCGAUUUUCACAAUCACAAACUGGCUAUUCCGGUGGACAAAGGCGAAAAGAUAAUCGUACGCGUUAUCAGACUCGUCCACAUACAGACAUUGAAUUUCAUCUUGAUGUUCCAUCUUUAUCAAACUGGAAUGGUGUAUACAAUAAUACACGUCAACAGUCACAACAACAAUUUUAUAAUCAAAACAACAGCAUGACUAACAAUAAUAAUAAGACGGAUAAUAGCUCAAAUUAUGAUGGUUCAAACGUCAGUGAAGUUCGAUAUCAGCCUAUACCAACAACAUCAUCUCAUCAAACAUACCAUCAAAACCGUCAUUCGGCAUUUAUUGACGAUGUUGAGAAUACUAACACAAUGGCUAAUGAUUUUAUUCCAGUUUCACAUACUCAAAAUCACCAACAACAACCAUAUUCUCAUCCGACGACAAUCAUUCAUCCAACGAGAACAUUUCAAAAUUCCAAUCGUUUUCUGAAUAACAAUCAUAACACGAAUAAUCAAUCACAAAAUGAAUUUCCAAUUCAAAACGAAAUUCCACCACGUUUUCGGCGUCUUCAACAACAACAACAACAACAACAUCAACAAAAGCAGUCUCAAACAUAUUAUGACACAAACAAUAAUCGUGAUUUCAGGCAUUAUCGCUCAGCGCAAAAUUUUGCUUUUCCUGAUCAUAAUGAUGAAAAUUUACCUCAACAUCAGUCAACAUCCCGUUAUUCAACAAAUAAGCAUAGUCAACGUCCUAUUUCGGGUGAUUUUGAUUCAAUCUAUCGUCGAUCGGAUGAUAAUGCGAAUACGAGCAAUACUUAUGCUAAUCACGAACGUCCUCCUCGUUUCAAUCAACAACAAAAUCGUGCACAACGACCAAAAUCAUUCUAUGAUUAUUCUCAUCACCAAGACCAAGGACAAGAGCAACAACAAUUAAAUCAUUUUUCAAAGCGUUCAUCAGAUGACUAUGAUUCAUUAUCAACAUCACGGUUAAACCGUUAUCAAGAUAAUAUAAAUUCAUUGCCAUUAUCAGCUUAUAUGAACGAUAAUAAUAAUAAUAACAAUAAUAAUAAUAAUAAUAAUAAUAAUAAUAAUAAUAAUACGAACUAUCAAUAUCGUCAACGACGUUCACAACAACAAUUUCGAACGUAUUACGAUAAUAAUAAUAAUAAUAAUAAUAUGCAUGACGAAUUUGAUGCAUAUAGGUUAGAUAAUUUUUUUCCAUCGAGACAACGAAAUAUGAAUAAUAUUGGUGUAAAUAAUAAUAGACAACAUCGAACAAAUUUUCCUCCAAGAUCAAAUCAAAAUCGAAGAGGUCGUGGUAGUGCUUUAAGACACAGUGCUGGCGAAUUUGUACCACAAAUGGAUGAUUUUUGGGAAGAUAAUCAUACAGAUUUAAUUGAUAUCCCACUUCUUGAAGAACGUUCCAUUGGUUUAGAUAACAAUGAUGAUAAUCUGAGUGAGAAUAAUAUCAAUAAAAAUGAAAAUAUAGAUAAUCAACAGCACUCAUCGAAAUCCACCAGUGAAUUAUCAAACGAUGACAUUGAUAAUUAUUCAACAAAUCAAGGUGGUGUUUAUUUGAGUCCAAAUGGUGAAACGGUUCUCGACAACUACGAUGAUGUGACAAUAUUUGAUAGUAAAAUCGAUGCUGCCUUGAAAAAAUUAGAAGAUGAUUUAAAAAUGGAAGAAGCAGUUCAAGAUCAAUUAUCGGAUGGUACAUUGAGUUGUGAACAACUUCGACAAAAAGUUUAUAAUACAGCUCAUUUUCUUCCAUGGGCUCGAUUAGCAUUUCAUAAAGAGCUUGCUAAAAAUCUUAAUCAGAAGGGUUUUAAACUGUCAGCUCUUAAUGAUGAUGACGAUUGCAAUGAUGGAAUAAAUUUAACUGGUAUUGAACAUGAUCUUGAUGUGCAAAGUAGUGAUGAUGAUGACGAUCUCGAUCGACAACGAUUAAUAGAGUUAGAAGGAGAAUUAAAUACAAAAUUAACGUUGACAUCGGACUUCAAAGAUGUUACUUAUGGUACUAGUUGUUCUUUGGAAAUUUUCAUUAAUUCAGAUAUACCAGACAUUAUUCGUAAAACCAAACAAUUAUCAUUAAAAGAUGCUGAACUCUUACGUGAAAUAGCUGCAGCAGAAUACUAUCCAUAUUCUUCAAAUAAAAAAUCAGUACUCGAAUUAAUCGAAUUAGAAAACGAAUCAUUAUGUCAAUUCUCAUUAGGAUGUCCAUUGCUAGAUAAAACUCUCGAUGGUGGAAUACGGCUAGGUCAAAUAACAGAAAUUUAUGGUGAAAAUUCAAGUGGUAAAACACAGUUAUGCUUACAAAUGGCAUUAAAUAUUCAAAAGACGUUUAAUAAUAUUGGAAAAGAAGCGAAAGUGGUGUAUAUCAAUACAGAAUAUCGUUCAGAUAUCACAUUGAAAAGAUUAAAACAGUUGACAUGGCAUUUUGUAACAUCUAUAACACCACUAAACUCGGCCAAUGUCAAGCUAGUAUAUCAAAAGUAUUUAAAUAAUAUUUAUCUUGAUUGUAUAAGAGAACGAAAUUUUUUCUAUUUUACCUUAAUCGAUCGUUUACCAAAACUAAUUCAAUCACAACCAGAUAUUCGUUUGAUUAUCAUUGAUUCUAUUGCAUCAUUAUUUCGUGCCGAUGAUAUUAUUCAUCGUUAUUAUGAAAAAGCUAAAGUUUUAAAACGAAUUGGUAUAGAAUUGCAUUCACUAUGUCACAAAUAUAAUUUAACCAUAAUUAGUGUGAAUCAGAUUCAAGCUCAAUUUGAUGAUAACAUUCCACAAGCUUGUCUUGGUUUAACAUGGUCAAAUAUGAUUCAUUGCCGUUUAAAAAUUAGUCGAACAAAUCGUACUUAUAAAAAACAAACACAAACUGCUAAAUAUGACAAUAGUAUUGUAUAUUUGAGAAAUUUAUCUAUUGAUUUUAGUAUUCAUUUACCAUCAGAAAAUAAUUGUGAUUUUUAUAUUGCUGAAAAUGGUCUAUUCGGUGUUGAAAUAGUAGAAAAAGAAGAAAAAAAAGAAUGA